UCUGUCUCCUUGUUCUGUGGAUUACAGCUCCCACUGCUUUCUGGAUACCUCCUCUCUUUACUGGACACUAACACUGAACCAGCAUAGAGGCCUUUUAUUAUUUGGAGUUGUUACAUUCAUACAGGUGUUAGCUGGAUCUUUGCACUUAAUUCGAACUGUUGAAGCUGAGUAUGGAGAUGAACGGUCAUGCCCUGCCACCGUCAAUACCUGAGGAUAGUGAAGUCCUGGACCAUAUUCCUCAUGGGGAGACGAAUGGUUACCACCAGAGGCUUCAGGACGGAGGGGAGGCGGAGGUCCCAGUGUCCAAGUCUCAGAGGCGCAAGAGUGAUGUCAAAGUAUAUAAGGAGUUUUGUGAUUUUUACGCUCGCUUCAACAUGGCCAACGCUCUGGCCAACGCAAUGUGCGAGCGCUGUAAGAGUGGCUUUGCCCCGGCAGAGAAGAUCGUGAACAGUAACGGGGAACUUUACCAUGAGCAGUGCUUUGUGUGCGCCCAGUGUUUCCAACAGUUCCCCGAGGGACUCUUCUAUGAGUUUGAAGGCAGGAAAUACUGUGAACAUGACUUCCAGAUGCUCUUCGCUCCCUGCUGCCACCAGUGUGGUGAAUUCAUCAUCGGCCGCGUGAUCAAGGCCAUGAACAACAGCUGGCACCCGGACUGUUUCUGUUGUGAUAUCUGCCAGGCCGUGCUGGCCGAUGUGGGUUUUGUAAAGAACGCUGGAAGGCACUUGUGUCGCCCGUGUCACAACAGAGAGAAAGCUCGGGGCCUCGGCAAGUACAUCUGUCAGAAGUGUCACGCUAUUAUUGAGGAGCAGCCUCUACUGUUCAAGAAUGACCCCUACCACCCUGAUCACUUCAACUGCAACAACUGCGGUAAGGAGCUGACCGCAGAUGCCAGGGAGCUGAAGGGGGAGCUCUACUGUCUGCCUUGCCACGACAAGAUGGGUGUCCCCAUCUGCGGAGCCUGUCGGAGACCCAUCGAGGGCCGUGUGGUCAAUGCCAUGGGCAAGCAGUGGCAUGUGGAGCAUUUUGUGUGUGCUAAGUGUGAGAAACCGUUCCUGGGACACCGUCACUACGAACGCAAGGGCCUGGCCUACUGCGAAACACACUACAACCAGCUGUUUGGAGACGUCUGCUACCACUGCAACCGCGUAAUUGAAGGAGAUGUGGUGUCUGCUCUGAACAAGGCCUGGUGUGUCAACUGUUUCGCCUGCUCCACCUGCAACACCAAGCUCACCCUCAAGGAUAAGUUUGUGGAGGUGGAUCUGAAACCGGUGUGUAAACACUGCAAUGAACGCCUGCCAGAUGACAUGAAGCGCCGACUUGCCAAGCGAGAACGUGACUCAAAAGACAAGAAGAAGAAGAAUUUGAUACCCAUGUGCCUGUGAUCCUCUCUUUCUUCUUUCUUCUCAUUUCCACUGUUCUUCCUUUGGAACAAGUUUGUGGAGUUUGAUAUGAAGCCAGUAUGUAAGAAGUGCUAUGAGAAAUUCCCUCUGGAGCUGAAGAAGAGACUGAAGAAACUGUCCGAAACUGUGGCACGCAAGUGAACAAAUGGUCCAGCCGCAGGCAGGAGAGAAAGAUGAGACCCUGAGGUGGCCUCACAUGGAAAAGGUCACAUUUCCCAAAGCGACAAUCGUUAAAGAGAUAAGAGAUUAUGUGGUUGAUAUCAUUGGUAUUUUAAAUUUAGGUUGGUUAUUUCAGUGAAACACUUUUUUGUCCUCUCAGUCACAGCUUUAAAGCACUGAGGAUCAUUUCAUGAGCUGACAGGCUUACAUUAUUGGUCUCGGUUGACUUUAACCUGUUCAGCUCAGUUACUGCACUGUUCAUUAUUCACAUGCUUCCCUUCUUUCACUGCUAUACAUACCAGUAUAUAUAAACCUAAACACACCUGACAAUGGUCCUGUAUUUGUAGUAUCAUGAACUUUAAGAGAACAUUGACACAUGAGGGUAAUUGAUCUCCUUAACACAGUGUUGACCAGUUUGCCAACUUGUCUCGAUGCCAAAAAAUGCGUCUCCUGUUUGACUCCUGUUACCAUAAGUUACUGAUACUCAUAUCAUAUAAAGCCAAAGACAGAUGGAAAAAAACACAAUUGUACUCGAUGUGUAUAUAAUAUUAUAUCUUAUAUGUCAUGUUUUCCACCAACUUGUAUUCUUUUAUGUAUUACUAACUUGUAUUUCCUGUAAUAUGCUAAAUACGUUUAUUUUUAGUUCUAUAAAAUUGACAUUUGAUGGUCUAAAGACACCACACUGUGCCCUCCUUGAUGCUGUAGUGAUGGACUAAACCAUUAUCUGCACUAUGUUGGAUUGCCUCGUUACAUACUAUAUAUGCAUUUUAUAUCUGAAACAAUACAAAACAAGUGGAAAGUCGUAUUUAAAGUGUUUCACGUUUAUUAAGUUCACUUGUACAAUCUAAAACUACAUUCUAACAGUUUUUGUUUUAUCCACUGUCAGUUACAGUUAAUAGAUGAUUGUCAAAGAAUAUUAGAAACACCUUUCAGAAGUAAUCCAAUCCAGUUCAACACCAGCUUAAAGAUGGCUGUGUACAUGAAGCAACUUCUCUGACACACUGUCAACAAAUACUGAACUGCACAGUGACAGCUUUGAUUUUCAUGACAACUGGUAACUAACUGCGCGUGUGUUUGUGUGUGUUACAACAUGAUAGCCUGUGGCAUGUGCUGAGACCGGAUGUGGGAGUAAUGUCAGCUGUAACAACAUGUGUGUGUGUGUUUGUAAUCCAGAGAAAGUGAUCCUCUUAGGAAGGUGUACCGACUUCCUCGGGGCUCAGACCCUCUUAUCAAAGAAAAAAACUGUUGUGAAUGGGGAAAGAAUCAUUUCCGUAUUUCACUAGGUUUCCCUCGAGCUGUAUUUUAUCAUAGAAAGCUUUUCUUUCAUGUAAAGAAAGACACAUUCCACAAAAGCCUGUUAGUCCUAAACCACAACAUACAGUAUGUCACUUAGGGGUAACACUUUCCAUCUGAUUGAUUGUUGUAAAGCAGAACUUCAGCUCCAAUAAUAAAGAGUCCAAAAGGUAGUUUAAUUUGAUAUCUUACUACCUGGGUGACUGAGAUGACUCUGCCGCUCUUACAUUGUAUUUUAUCUUCACAAUGCUUUUCCCAAAGACAAUGUUUCUCUAUGUAAACACACCAAAGUGCAUGUUCUAGACUUGAAUGGAAUGUUAUUUUUCAGUAUAUCUAAGUUAAUUCUAUCAAUUAUUCUGAAUAAAUGUAUGUCAAUGUUGUGCACUCA